AUGAAACGUCAUAAUAACUAUAAGCGAGCGUUUUAUGUCGUUCAAUUUAUAGAAUUGCCUUUUGAAGGUAUUGAUGAUUACGUAUGCGUGCCGUACACUUGGCUGAUAGUACGUAAAGCGACGGAUCAGAAGGCUGUCGUUGCUUACCCUAAAGACGAAGAUCCUUUCAACACCAGAGAUCGCGUUAAAAGGAAAGAAAGACACAAUCACGAGUGGAGAUUUUAUAUGGCUAUCGUUAAAUAUGAAUCAGAUAGUUACGGAGAUGCAGAAUAUUGGAUUGCGACAAGAAAUGAUUAUGGUCCUUUAGUAGAAAAAGAAUUAAAAACAACAGAUUCAGAACCAAAGUUCCCGUUAAACAAGAAAUUGCGUGUUGCCAACCGAAACCAUUCGUCCAAAUUAAAUGAUAAUCCUCGGAAACCACUGCCGAGAAUAUCAAUCAAGCGACCAGCACUACCAGAACCGAACAAACAACUUGAUGGGAAACGGAUAAAACUGGAUGACGCUGCUCAGUCAUCUAGCGCUGUUGUGACUGACGCUAAUGCAGAGCCUGGAUCAUCAAGACAGGAACAAUCGAUUAUCGCUCAGGACAACCAACCAAUGGAAUCUGCUCAGACAGAAACAACUGCUAGUGAUUCUAACGGUACAUCAAGCUCCUCUCAGCGGAAAGAUGAAAACCUCCAAGAAUCGUUACCAAUACAAGAGCAACAAGAAUUGGGUAUGCCGUACAUAGAUGUAGCUACAUCAGAUACACCAGCCCUUGUUAUAGACGAGGAUGAAGAAGUCCAGACUGCCAGUAUUGUGGAACAGCAAGUACCCUCUAAUCAAGCUAUCUCACAAUUUACUGAACAGCCGGAACCCAUCCGGGAACCUAAAAUUCCAGUGGCCCCAUCAAUAGAGAUGACUAACAAUAGUCAAGGAUCCCGCAUGGAUGACGCCUUAAAUAACGGACCUACUUCUAAUCGCUUACUGAAUUCACCAAAAAUUUCUGCUCAACUAUAUAGUCAAAUGAUCGAGGCACGGCGUUUAAUACCGACUCAAAAACCGGUUGAGAAAAAUUUGCGCCCCAUGAAUAUCGCAAGAAAUUUGGCCAUUACCGAACAUAACUCAUCGAAUUUAAUGGACCAAACUGGAUCUUUAUCGACGCGCUCAGUGCCGAUUCAACAACAACAUCACACGUCGUCAUAUCAGAAUCAAAAUCUACCGACUAAUCAAAGUAACUUUGAACAAGACUUACUUAGCAAAUCUGCAGAGACCAACAAUUACGAACAGCGUCCUAACUCUCGGCCUAUCAGAAUGAGUACUCCAUCUAUCGGACAAAAUUCUAUUAAUUCUUCCACUCCGUUAUACCAGAUCUCCGAGCUUCCACAACUAAGACAGUCGCAGCCAUCUCAGCAAGACUCACAACGGCAACCACAGAAACCGAAAAGACGUAUUGGCACCUCUACCAAGCCACAAAACAACCGGCAAACACCUACUUUUCAAGUCACAAAAGAAACGCUGUCACCUAUUCUUACGAAGGUUCUAAAUUCGCUACGACAAGCAUUAUCAACUACUCAUAACCAAUAUCUUCUGAACGAGCAGCAAUUUCAGGGAAAUCAUAGUGAACGUGCACCUGUUGAUGAAAAUCAUCUCAGCCAAAUUGACAAUACAUUGCAAACAGAUGAGCGGAUGGAAGAAGAAACUCCGUCAGCGCAUCAUGGGGCAAAUUCAGAUUCCGAUACUAUUACCGAUCAUGAAGUCACCUCAGAUCAUGAGAUGUCUGCAGAUGAAGCACCUGUUGAAAGAACGAAUAACUUUUACGGCCCUGGAAUCAGUUCUGGAAGUAGCUCUGCACACAGACCGAUAGCUGCACAAAACUCUACGAACCACCAGACGCAUUCUAAAGUUGUAUUGGAGCAGCAAAUGUUAGACAACUUUGCUACACUCUUCACUCAAAUGGGAUCUACUUUGCGUUAUACUACUGAUAUGUACAACACCCUACGGAGUUCGAUCCUCGAUACUGCCCAAACAUACAAAAAAUUAUUGGGUGCAGUCGAAGAAUUCAACUCAGCGCAAAAAUUAGCCAGCAAUUCAUCUUCUUCGAGCAACCGACGAGAAGAAGUCUCACAGUUCCCUGAAGAAAGACACAUGAAAAUAUCAGCAAGGGCAAAUUCAAGUUAUACCAAUCGCUAUAACGAGGAAGUUGCUAACAAUCCACCGAAGAAAAAACACAACUCAUGGCGUUUUGUUCUACCAUCGGAAUAUGAUCCUCGUGAUACCAGAUGGACAUUGAAGUAUCGAACCAAUCUGCCGGGACUUGUAGAACUUAUGCCUCAAAGUGAUGUUUACGUCAGCUACGGAGACCUCAAAUACUGUCAGCAAGUAUCAAAAGAUUGCAAAUCAUUAGCACUACGAUUAUUACCAGCAGUAUUCAACAGCAAAGCAUUGAGUGUUUGUUUAUCAAUUACUGAGAGAGCGCAGGCUUCUGAUAAUGUUCGAUCUAAUGCAAGGCCAGAAUUAGAUGAUCACGCGUGUUCGGCACUGUUAAAUUUCGUUUUAGAACACGGACUACAACGUGGUUGGAAUACUGACCUGCAACCUAUCCUCAGUACUUUACACAGUAAGAUUCAAGAGAUUCGGUUCAGAUAUGGUGUGAUGGUUGAAUGUUAA